UGAACUUUUCAGUAGAGUAAAAAUUUUCGAAUUUAACCUUGUAAAAGCAAGGUUUUGCAACGACUCUCAUUCAUUUGCUGUUGUUGUGCGAAACGGGAGCAGACAUUGAUUGGUUUUAGUGCGGCUGGAAAACAUACAAUCGAUUCUUACAGCGUCUGGCAGACAACAAAGGCCUAACAUUCUUGUGUGGUUUGCUCGAUCUGCAUUUUAAACUUUUUCUUGAAAAUUCCAAAAAUAUUACGCUAAAAGCCCUUCAGUUUUGUUCUCUAAAUCAAAAUAAAUGGCUACUGGCGGUGGCGGUGCUGUUGGUUUAAAUGGUGUAGGUAGCGGCGGCACCGGUUCCAAUGCAAUCAAUUUGCAAGCGCUUCAAACAUUCCAUCAACGUUGCGGGCGUCGCAUAACUCUCUCGAACGGCAAUCGUACGGCGGCACGUUCUAUACGAGACUUCAGUCAUGCGUUGGUAUUUAGUGCAGAACCUCUGACAGACGAUGUACUCUUUGAGGUGGUGAUUGAGAAGAAGAAUCACGCCUGGGGCGGUAGUAUUGAGAUUGGUGUAACAGCCGAACCUCCAGAUAAGUUGGAAUUACCUUCUUGCGCUACCGCCAUGCGAAAUGGUACAUGGGUUAUGUCGGGCAUUGAUGUGCGCAAAGAUGGCGUGUGUCUUAUAGAAUUUUACGGCACCGAUUUGGAAUCCCUAGGUGAACGCGAUCGUGUGGGCGUGAUGCGCACAUCGCACAACGAACUAGUAUUCUUUGUAAAUGGUGAGUCGCAAGGUGUCGCGGCACGUAAUAUGCCCAAAACAUUAUGGGCGUUGGUUGAUUUAUACGGACGCUGUGUGCAGGUAUCACUUUGGCCUACAGACUUUGGCGGUUCAGGGGAUUACGCCGAUGGCUCACUGCAACAAGCACAGCCAAUAGUACAGAAUAUCGACGUGCCGAUGGGUGUUGAUGUGACGGUAGCCUCAGCUGCAUCGCCGACAACAAAUAACACUUGCGCUGUUGUAAAUCACAACGGCGGCGGCUUGGUAACCGCCAAUGCCGAAAUUAGUGCCGCUUUGUCGAAUUUAUGUAGCUCAAGCGUGCAAGGAAUUUCAGCGAUUCCACAAACGUGUUUCGACAGGACAUUGUCGGUAUCAGCUUCAACUGCAGCUGUCCUUGCCUUACAACCAAACUUGGGUGAUUUUUAUGACAUGGAUAGAUUGCGUUUUCACACACGUUGCGGUUCGUUGGUAAAGCUGUCACCGCAUUGUCGUUGCGCUGAGCGACGUCGUCCAUUAGAUGAGUUUAAUAAUGGUGUAGUCAUGACGCAUCGUCCACUUAAGGAUAAUGAGUUAUUCGAGAUACGUAUUGAUAAGUUGGUUGACAAAUGGUCGGGCUCAAUAGAGGUGGGUGUAACCACACACAAUCCGUCAGUGCUACAUUUUCCAGCCACUAUGACCAACAUGCGCAGCGGCACUAUAAUGAUGUCUGGCUGUGGUAUACUGACAAAUGGCAAGGGGACGCGCCGGCAGUACGGGGAAUUCAAUUUGGAUGAGCUGCGUGAAGGUGAUCGAGUGGGCAUGAUGCGCAAGUCUAAUGGUAGUCUUCAUUACUAUAUAAAUGGUCAAGAUCAAGGUGUCGCUGCAACUCGUGUCGCUCAAACACUUUGGGGUGUUAUAGAUCUCUACGGCAUGACUAUUAAGGUCACCAUUGUAGAUCCUGAUGAUCGUGAGCAACAAAAUUUAGUCACCCGACGCAAUAAUAUCAUAUCAGCUAGCACAUCCGGUGUUAACUCUAGCGCUUCCACUAUCAAUAACGCUAGUAGCGCUACAAAUGCUCUUAUCAUUGGGAAUACGGCUACACCGACGCCUAUGCUGAGCUUACAAAGUCCCGAAGGUGACACCAAUUCGAGGGUGGUUGCUGCUGCUGCGAUGGGCGAUGCAGGACUUUCUGGUGGAAACACCCAGCGCAAUGAAGAUCGUUUGACAUUCCAUCCGACGUGUGGCUCACAUGCGACCGUUACGCUUAGCGGACGUACAGCGCUGAGGCCAAAUGCCUCCGAUGAUUUCAACAACGGUGUCGUGCUCACGCGCCGUCCGUUACGUCCCAAUGAACUGUUUCAAGUACGUCUCGAACGCGUGGUUACCAAGUGGGCUGGAUCUGUAGAAAUGGGUGUGACUACGCAUAGUGCGGAAGAACUAGAUUUUCCAUUUACUAUGACCAAUGUUCGCUCUGGCACUUGGAUGAUGACUGGCAAUGGUGUGAUGCAUAAUGGGAUUACCGUAAUUGAGCAAUACGGUCAAAAUUUGGAUCGCCUUCAAGUGGGUGACCGAGUAGGCGUCGUGCGCAAAGAUGACGGCACGCUACAUUUCUGGGUAAACGGAGUGGAUCAAGGUGCGGCCGCGACUGGUGUGCCGGAAAAAGUUUACGGUGUUAUCGAUUUAUAUGGGCAGGCAGCACAGGCGAGUAUAGUUGACACAUCGGAAUGCGCCAGUCCAGAUACUGGAAAUUCCACAAUCUCCAAUACAACAUUAUAUAGUGAGCCACCAUUGCGCUUCCAUACCAUACAUGGCAAAAACGCCGGCAUCUCAAAUGGCGGUCUCACUGCUUCCCGUCCCAACUCGUUAGCCGAAUUCAAUGAUGCGAUCGUGUUUAGCAAUCGGCCGCUACGCAACCGUGAACUCUUCGAGGUAGUGCUUGAAUCCAUGGUACGCCACUGGUCGGGCAAUAUAGAGAUCGGCGUGACAGGUACAAGGCCCGAAGAUAUACAACUUGCCGCCAACGCCACGGACUUGGAUGCCAACGAUAUGAUCAUACUUUGUGGUUCUAUGAUAUUUCAGAAUCGUAAAACUAUACGCUCCAAUACGACCGUCGAUUUGGAUACCUUAAGUGCGGGUACGCGCGUUGGCGUAAUGCGUAAUGGCGAUUAUGUGCACUUUUUCAUAGAUGGUGUCGAUCAGGGGCCCGCUUGUGAAUGUCGCAUGCCGAGUGUGUGGGCUGUAAUUGAUUUAUAUGGACAGUGUGCACAAGUAACGCUUACACAAGUACAACCGGAUAUACGUGCGCCAUAUGCGACUAGUGAGAAUUCGCAGAGCUGUCAAGCGACAUCGGUUAUACAACCGGCCACGUCGGAGAUGAAGCAUCGUUGGACUUGUAUUUCGGGCAAUGUGACAUUAUCACAAAGUUGGACCGUGGCAUCACGUAAUGCCGGUGCUUCGGCGGCGCUUUCACGUUGUGUGGUCUUUUCGGAGCAUCCGUUAAGUGUCGGCUCGCCGUUCGAGAUCAAAGUCAUCUCUCACAACCCAUUAUUUGCAGGUUGUCUCAGUAUUGGCGUUACUGAUUUGAAUCUAUCCGAUGAUUAUGUACGCAAAAAUAUACCUUUGAGUAUUAAACGCAUUCCAGCCAAUGUUUGGUAUGCAUCUGGCAAUGAAGUUCGUCAUAAUUCAACCCUAUUGCAACGUUCGAUGGCCUCGUUGGAGUGGCUGCGUGUAGGCGAUCGCAUUGCGCUAGAGUUGACGCCAGCGCGCACACUGCGUAUAUUGUUAAAUUCGGAGGAUAUGAAUAUCCACUUUCACAAUGUGCCCAAUGAUAUCUACGUUGUCGCUGAAUUACAAGGUUCUACCAUGGCUGUACAAACGAUCUCUACACAAGGUCCAAAUUCGCCGCUAAGGCCAUGUAGUUUGCGCCUACAAGACUCACUCGACUUCGGUGUGGAUCCACUUAAUAAGCAGGACUCGAUGUUGGAUUCAAUCGAUUCGGAAAUGCAAGUAUACGAGUUCUCAGAGCUACAUGGUAAACAUAUACGUCUAUUGGAUGAUCGCCACACAGCAAUGCGCACACAAUCAUACAACCAAGGUGUGGUCCUUGUUGGCAAACCCCUCAUGAAAGGCGAAAGUAUUAGUAUUAAAGUGGAAGCUGUUAAUCCCAAGUGGAAGGGCACCAUAGGUCUUGGCGUUGUCUCCAUUUGGCCACAUUCGAUGAGCGUAUCGCAAAUGCCCAUCUCUAUGCUGCACUUUAAACGUCCCUGCUGGCUAGCCACACACGACUACAUCAAUAUAAACGGUCAGAAAAUCGCGUCCAGGUAUGGUGAGGCGUUAGAACAAAUACAAGCAGGUACCGUUAUCACUAUGACGCUUUCGAAUGUGGGCAUGUUAGUAAUAAUGGUUGGCUCCAUCAACUUGGAAGAUCUAGCUGCUGGUGUUCCCAAUAACGUCUACCCCGUCUUUGAUCUCUAUGGAAAAUGUGAGAAAAUAUCAUUAAUUACAACUAACGACGUUGGACGCAAUAGUACGCCGAUUAUUGAAGAGGCUGCAGCAUUAGAGUAUGACAAUUUGCAAGAGCAAGAUAACGGUGUGCCACAGUGUGAGAAAGCUGAUUUGGAGAUGCAUGAAAAGGAGACGGAACAGUUGUCACAACAGCAACAGCAGGCGAUGCAGACGAGCGGUGGUGCUGUAGGUGGUGUAGCGGCGCCAAGUGGCAGCGCUGGCAGUAGUGCUGCAAUGAAUCGCUCGGUAAUGGAAAGUGUCUCGGAGAAUUUACUAUUGAAUAUUUCAAUUAAAAACCGUACUUUGGAGCAAAAUCGUUCUGGGGAAUCAAGCGCUGCCAACACAUCUUGCUGUCUGCGUGAGUCCUUGCAACUGCAGCACAAUACCAACCUCAACAUUCAGCGUAGCCAGAGUACACAACGUUUUCAAAAUGCCAUGAACGCUUCGGCUAACUCAACAGCGCUAGGCAGUGGCGCCGUGGCUGACAAUCUCGUGCAUCCUUCAACGUCCGCCACAGCAGCAACAGCAAAUCAUAAUACCACUACUAAUACAACAACUACAAACACAUACGUCCAUGAUACGAAUAAAGACUACGAGGCAUUCGAAGAGGCCGGUGCUGUUGGUGGCGUAUCACUGCAAAGCGAACUGCGUGACUGCAACUCCAAAGAGAAUUUACUCGAACAGCGUGCAGCGAAUAAUUUAGAUGCUUUGGAGCAGCUAGUCAGCAGCGUGGGCAUACACGGUGCAAAUGCUAACGCGGCGGCAGGUGGCGUGGGGCCGGCUGGCUUGUCCAAUAAUAACUCAGCCAAUGAACGCAACACAUAUGAAGAUGAUACCAAUUUAGCUGCCAGCAUUUUUGAAGCCACCACAGCUAUCACCAGCACUGCAACCGCGGUAGCCGGUGUUGAUACAAAUGUUGAUGUACUGGAGGUGGCGACGGAUGGGCGCGCCUAUGAGGAAGCAGACAUUGAUGAUGCUGAUGAUGUCGACGAUGAUGACAAUGAUGAUGACGAUGAUGAUGAUCUAGAGGACAAUGAUAAUUUGGAUCACUUAUUACUGCUACAACAGCAACAAGAUUUCUUCCGUCAACGCUAUCAACAAUUGUGUCAGCAACAUUUCGGUGUGCUCUCCUCGGCCUCAUCGUCUACUCAAUUCGAUUCACUACAAUCGAUACCCUCCAUUGAACGCAAGGAUUGUGAAUAUCUCAAAUUAGUACAACAAUUCCGUGCAUCACUCGUACUGCCGCAAUCCUUCUUCCAACCGCUCACUGAUCCAGUUUGCUUCUGCACGCACUGCAAUGCUUUAGCCUCGGAAAAACUACAUGGUUGGGUCUACUUUAAGUUGAAUCAGCAAACCGUGAAUUCGACCGCUGUGCAACAAUCCCUCGACACCGGCGAAUGGUUACCGCUCUACUAUAUGACGCGCGUGGAUAAGAUACGUGCCAUACUUGAUCGCGGCCAACCGUUACCGCUGGAGUCGAACUGUGAGUCGUUCACUAGCGCGAGCAAUCAGAAAGAUGAGCCUGGCACCCGGCUCGAAUUGCAUUUCUCACCAAACGCUGCCGGCAUUGUGUCGAUGAAUGGUCAGCACAAAUAUUAUAUCAACUCACAUGCGUAUAGCAUUGGCACCGCCUUCGAGGUGUACGUGCGUCGGCAGUCGCUCUGUCUGACCAAUAGCAGUAAAAUGAAUGUGAACGCUGCAGUAGCGGCCUCAUCUAGUGCUGCAGCGGCGGCGCUUAGCCUGCUGGAGCGACGUUCCUCCAGCGAUCUCUUGCACCCACACGAGACAAGCAGCGGCCUGACAUUGGAUCAAAGUAGCAGUAGUAGCGGUGGCGCUGCCAGUUUUAGUGCUGGUUCAACGUCGAGUGCGUCGCUCAAGGACAUCACCUGGUUCACAAAGGAAGCUGGUGCUUGCGUUAUAACUGCGCUCAUACUUAAGUUGGACCGAAUUACGCCACCAGCUAUAGGCGCGGAGUGCAAUUAAAUGAGAAAUUUUUAAAGAAAAACUUGCAUUGUACUGAAACGACAGUCCAUUACGGUAUUGAAAACACAUAUAACGUAGAUAUUUUGGCUACGCUUUAAGUAGCACUUCUAGUCUAAACUUUUUAUUAUUUUGUAUUAAAUUAUAACUGUUCCAAAAAAGAAAAUUUAAUAUCUAUUUUGCACUUUUGCAUACAAUUUUAUAAAUAUACAUAUGUACAUACAUACAUACAUAUGUGUAUGUCAUAAAUUAUUGAAAUAUAAUGCGAAAUUAUUUAGUGUCUGUUGUUAAACUGCUUCCUGCUGGCCGUCGAUAAGGCAGUGCACAUUAAUCAUUCAUUAUUUAUUUAUAUAUGCAUUGGCCUUAAUUUAGUUCGUUCAUUAGCACUUUGUAAUAUUUAC